GGCGGCCCUGGGCGGCUCUGCUCGCCAGCCUCCCCCGAGCGUCGGCGCCGCCCAUGGCCGAGCGGCAGGAGCCCGAGCCCGCGGACGCCCGAGCCGUGGAGACGCCGGGCUGGACGGCGCCGGAGGACGCGGGCCCCCAGCCGGGAAGUUACGAGAUCCGGCGCUAUGGACCCGCCAAGUGGGUGAGCACCUCCGUGGAGUCCCUGGACUGGGAUGCGGCCAUCCAGACGGGUUACAGCAAGCUGGACAGCUACAUGAGAGGCAAAAACGAGAGAGGUGAAGACAAGAUGAAGAUAAAGAUGACAGCUCCAGUGACAAGCCUCGUGGAGCCGGGUUCAGGUCCUUUUAGUGAGUCUAUCAUUACCAUUUCCCUGUACAUCCCCUCUGAGCAGCAACCGGAUCCGCCACGGCCUUCAGAGUCAGGUGUCUUCAUUGAAGACCGAGCUGAGAUGACCGUGUUUGUACGGGCUUUCGAUGGAUUCUCUAGUGCUCAAAAGAAUCAAGAGCAACUUUUGACACUAGCAAGCAUUUUGAGGGAAGAAGGAAAAGUUUUCAAUGAGAAGGUUUAUUACACCGCAGGCUACAACAGUCCUUUCAACUUGCUUGAUGGAAAUAAUGAAGUGUGGUUGAUUGAGAAACAUGAACCCCCCAAAGAAAAUAAAUGAGAAAAAAACCGGGAAGUACCAUCACUUACUGUAGACAUCGACACUCUACUUACACGUAAACUGCAGGUCUAGUAGCUCUACUGAGAGAACUACGAUGAAUUGAGCUUCUUUCCAAGGUGCCUAUUAAAGCUUGAAGCUUUAUCUAGAUGCGCAGGGAACAGGGGACAGUAUUCUAGAAACAUGUGAACAGCUCUGAAGGAGUUUGUCUGCAAGUCUCCAGGGAAUAUCCUGUUACUUGACCCUUCUUCACUGCAUCACAAUCAUGUUGCCUUUUCUGACUUGGAUUUGUGUCAUUUGGAUGUUAUUCCCUCCAGAUAUUAUCAAUAAAAAUGUUAAAGAGGCA